GCUGAGUCUCGGGAGGAAGAGGAAGAGCGUAACUCUGGCGUAACCUGGAGGGUGAACUGGGAGGUGGUGUCCAUCUUAUUUACACCGGUGAGAUUGUUCAAUUUUUCAUCUGUCGGAUUUUUCAGGAGUAUAAAAGUUGAAAGCCGGGUCUUCAGAGAUGAGCAGUUCAGAGGAAGUGUCAUGGAUCUCCUGGUUCUGUGGACUGAGGGGCAAUGAAUUUUUCUGUGAGGUGGAUGAAGACUACAUCCAGGACAAGUUCAACCUGACGGGGCUCAACGAGCAGGUUCCCCACUACCGCCAGGCCCUAGACAUGAUCCUGGACCUUGAACCAGAUGAGGAGCUGGAGGACAAUCCCAACCAGAGUGACCUGAUUGAGCAGGCAGCUGAGAUGCUGUACGGCCUCAUCCACGCACGCUACAUCCUCACUAACCGAGGCAUCGCACAGAUGUUGGAGAAAUAUCAACAGGGAGAUUUUGGCUAUUGCCCCCGGGUCUAUUGUGAGAAUCAGCCUAUGCUUCCUAUCGGUCUGUCAGACAUCCCAGGAGAGGCCAUGGUGAAGCUGUACUGUCCUAAAUGCAUGGACGUCUACACACCCAAGUCCUCCAGGCACCACCACACAGAUGGAGCCUAUUUUGGCACUGGCUUCCCACACAUGCUCUUCAUGGUUCACCCUGAGUACAGGCCCAAGAGGCCCGCCAACCAGUUUGUCCCAAGGCUGUACGGGUUCAAGAUCCACCCCAUGGCCUACCAGCUGCAGCUGCAGGCCGCCUCCAGCUUCAAGAGCCCCGUCAAGGCCAUCCGCUAGAGCGUCCAGGACAAAGGAGGUGGAGGAGGAAGAUUCAUAGAGAGAGACAAGACAGGAAAGAAUUAUCAGAAGGGGAGGGGUCACCUGCAUUUUACAAAGCUUUUCAGAUGCCCCCUCCCCAGCCUGAAGACUGUAUUAUUUUGGUUUAGAUUAGGGUAAAUGAAAAAAGUGUAAAGAUUUUUGAGUGUGAGCGAGACAUAAAAAAACGCACAGCCAUGAUCUUAAUCACAAACAAACACAUGCACUCAUACAUACAAAAAUACAUAAAUGCAUCCACACACUUUGGAUUCCAUGCACGCACCUUACCAAACUCAUCAGUGCCAAAAACAGUAGGUGAGGUAAAAGGAAGCUGAACAUUAAAUGGGCUCCACCCUGCUUCUGCUGUUCACUCGCAUUACGAGCACACUGAUGAGAAAAAUUUUAUAAUCAGUGGGUGAACAUUGUCCUGUAGAAAGGGUUUUAUGUCCAGGCCUGUUGGACGGAAAGCUGAAGAAAGGGGCAGUUUUCACCUGUGGCUCUGUGUUUGUUCUGUAUUUGGCACAGUUUGGUAAAGAGUGGCGGUAAACCCUCCGUCAUUGGAAGCCUCUGCUCCCCAUUAGACCCCCCAGUGCAUGUACACUCAGGCUGGCACUCACAGAGACAGUCUGGACGUUGCCGAUCACUCGUUUGUAAAAUUUGGUUACUGGUUUGUCUGAUGUUUUGUGGUGUUGCACAACACAUUCUGUUGAAUUUGCCUUAAGAUUCAGAGAAAACACUCGUAUUGUUUUGUGUUUCAAGAGGCACAUUAGUUUUCUUUAUUUUCUUUCUGCUGUUAGAGGAGGUAAAGUAGAAAUAGAUUAAACUAACAUGAAUUUCCAAAUCGUUCAGACAAUUGUAAUCAGCCUGUGUCAUUUCUCCAGCUGUCUAUGCGUGUGUCAAACAACUGUCUGUAUUGGUACCUUAAGUGAAAAUAUAACCUGUGCUACAUUUUUCGGAGACGUGUGCCCCUUCCCCCCCUGCAGCGGGCUUAGCUGCAUUUGUAUUGUCACCUCCCCUUCCCUUGUAGCUUCAUCUUCUUUAAAUAACUAGUUUGACAUUUUGGGAAAUACACUUAUUUGCUUUCUGGCACAGAGUAAAUGAGAAGACUGUUACCACUCUAUGGUAAUGUGAAGCUACUGUGAGCAGCCGGUUAGCUUCACUUAGCAUAUAACUAGAUUGGAAAUGGGAAAACGGCUAGCCUGGCUCUGUCUGAAGGUAGCGAAGUCUUCCUGCCAGCACCUCUAAAGCUUACAAUUUAACUAGUUAUAUCUAGUUUGUUAAUUUGUACAAAAAUCGUGUAAAAAUGCCAAUUCGCAUUUUUAUGGGAGGUUAUGUGCCGGCUAGCGGUUGCUAGGCAACCAGUGUUGAUUCCAGGAAGUUACUGGUCCCAAUCAAGACCUGACCGGCACCGUAACACCACAACAUGUCGUUUUCACACUUCGGUUUUGUACAGAUUAAACAAACGAUUAAUAUUUGUUUGUAUAUAAUGUUUGUUGAUCAACUAUAUCUGCUAACCGGCACAUAGCCCCCCCGUAAAACGUCGAUUUGUCGUUUUUACACUGCGGGUUUUGUACGAAUAACAAGAUAUGUGUUAAUUAGUUAGCUUUAGCUACUACUAGCAGCUCUAAAAGCUCUCUAAAUAACACGUUGUAUCUUGUUUGUUUAAUCUGUACAAAACCGACGUGUAAAAACGACAAUUCACCGUUUUACUGGGGUUAUGUGCCGAUUAGCAGUUGCUAGGCAACCAGUAGUGACUCUAGGAAGUUACUGGUCCCAGCCAAAUAAUCUGGCAUAUAAUCCCUGUGAAAAACCUGUGAAUUGUCCUUUUUACGCUUUUUGUACGUAUUAAACAAUGACGAGGCUUUAGAGGUGUUGGUAGGUGGAUUGGACCAUCGGACAGAGCCAGGCCAGCUUUUCCCCCGUUUCCAGUCUUUUUGCUAAGCCAAGUUAAGCUAACUGGCUGCUGGUGUUAGAGAGUGGUAUCAGUCUUCUCAUCUAACUCUCUGUCUGAAAGCGAAUAUUUCCCUAAAUGUCAAACUAUUCCUGUAAAGAUCACGGAGGAGACUCUGAGAAAGAGGAAUUUAGACAAUCUGAAUCCUUCAGCUCACUCCACCACUGCACUGAUCCUACUGGUGUCUCUCCACAGCACAGUUUCAUUAUUUAUGUUCAGGUUUAGAGACAGACAGACCACCAGCCGCUUGUUUUUUGUUUGUUUUUUUUUGUUUCUGAAACAGUGGGGCAGAUACUCACCACCACCCCCACUCUCUACUUCUGUGUGACUGGAUCAUAUUGUUUUUGGAUUUCAUGAUACAAGAGAAACGGUAUUUGUGUGUCCAGAUUUUAACUAAUGUUUGUCUGCGUUGUUGUCUUUCUGCUACUGUGGAAGGGUGAGCAGGAUUCAGAAUUCUCAAUAAACUUCUAUUUUCUUUUCAUA